AUGGCCGUAUCGCUUGAUCACUGCAUUACUUGUAUUAUCACACCAUUAUCUGUUCCCAAAUACAGAAGUUUCUGGAUCUUCCAAGUAUAUUCGUAUGACCCUCUUCUCAGUAUCCAGUACCACUUCUUUGCACGUUACGUACUCCCAGCGUCCUUGUCCCACUGUUACAGUAGCACCUCCAAGUUUUCACCGCUAUCCCCAGCCAAUGGGUGUUUGCAUCCCUCAAGAGUCGAAGUAGCAAGCCGCGCCAAUGAUACCGAAACUACGACAUAG